UUAUAAUUCAAUAAUUCUUAGUUGGAUUUGAAAAUAAAAACUAGUAAUAAAUGACUUAAUUAAGGUUAUUUUAGAACGAAGGUGAUUCUAUUUUAGUAUCACAAACGCAUAAACCAAUUGGCAUAGAACAAAUGGCAACCACCACAUCUCUCCUACAAAAACUCAAUCCACCACUCCAUCCUCCCAUCAAACCCCACCCCACCACCACCGCCGGCGCCGCCACCAGAAGAUCAUCCAUAAUUCUAACAGCCUCGUCAGCCAUUCUCUUAUACAGACAACUAACCAUCUCCGCAAAACCCGCCAGCGCCUUCGAUUUCAGUAUGACAGUCCCCGACCAAACAGUCGAAGAAGCGGAGUCCGGGAUACAAUCCCACGCGCAGAGCCUGCUCGAAGUGAAGGAUUUGUUAAUGGCGGAGUCUUGGAAAGAAGCCCAGAAGCUGCUCCGCAGAAGCUCCGCAUUGCUGAAACAGGACAUCUACACCAUUAUACUGGCCAAGCCCGCCGCCGAGAGGCCCGGAUUGAGGAAACUCUACUCCGAUUUGUUCACUCGUGUGACGAGGCUGGAUUACGCGGCUCGGGAUAAGGAUAGGAUUAGUGUGUGGGAGUGUUAUCGUGGGAUUGUCUUAUCCCUUGAUGACAUUUUGUCUAGAGUGUAAAAACAAUUAACUCAACCACCAACUGUUUUUUUUUUUUUUUUUUUUUUUUUUUUUAAUUAUUACUAGAAAAUAUAUUCUAUAUUUGAUUGAAUUGAGUAGGAUCAUAUUAUCCAUGAUAAUGUAACAUGUGAUUGAAUUAUAUUUGGGUAAUAUAUCCUUGUGUAAGAAUAGGAUUGAGGUUGGACUCAAUAUGAUUCAUAUGCUUGAUUAAA